AUGAAAGACUUGCGAGAGAAAUCUUUAUUCGGCAAUGCAUCGGCAGUUGUCUAUACCAUAGAGUUUCAGAAACGAGGUCUACCGCAUGCGCAUAUCUGUCUGUUCUUACAUGACGAAAGUAAGCUUCCUUCGGUUGAGCAUGUUGACAACUUCAUUUCUGCCGAGAUACCUGACAAAAACUUAGAACCAGAUCUAUAUACUCUUGUCAACGACUAUAUGAUUCACGGACCUUGUGGUGUUGCAAAACCAAAUUGUCCGUGUAUGGUCGACGGUAAGUGUUCGAAGAAAUUUCCUAAGAAGUUCUGUGAUAAGACUUCUCUAGAUUCGAAUGGUUAUCCGGUCUAUAGACGAGCCGAUUCAGGUGUUUUUGUUGAGAAAUCUGGUAUUCAGCUUGAUAACAGAAGCGUGGUUCCGUAUAGCAAAACCCUAUUGAGACGUUAUCAAGCACACAUUAACGUCGAAUGGUGCAACCAGGGUGCGUCCAUUAAGAAUUUGUUUAAAUACAUUAACAAAGGACCAGAUAGGGCUGAAUUUGGUUUUGUACCAAAUGGUGAUGAAGGUCAGCUUGAAGAUGGAAAAGAUGAAAUCAAAGAGUAUUACGAUUGUAGAUAUCUCUCGGCAUGCGAAGCUUCAUGGCGCAUAUUUGCAUUUGAUGUUCAUUACCGCUAUCCAUCCGUAAUCAGGCUUCCGUUUCAUCUACCUGAUAAACAAAACGUUGUAUACGGCCCUGACGACGAACUUGAUAGUGUUCUACAAAAACCUUCUGUUUCUUCUACGAUGUUAUUGGGGUGGAUGGAAAAGAACGAAAAAGAUCCGUUGGCGCGCACCCUUACUUACGUUGAGUUCCCAACUAAAUUUGUUUGGAAGAAGGACGAAAGGAUAUGGGAUAAACGCAUAAUAGGCAAAACCAUUGGUCGUAUUCAUUGUGUGAAUCCUUCUAUGGGCGAGGCAUACUUUUUAAGAAUUCUUCUUAAUAAGGUAGUAGGUCCUAAGUCUUUUGAAGACAUUCAUACUAUGAAUGGACAAGUCUUCCCAACAUUUAGAGAUGCGUGCUACGCUAGAGGCCUUUUAGACGACGACAAGGAGUAUAUAGAAGCUAUCAAAGAGGCGUACUACACAGGUUCUGGUUACUAUCUUCGUAAUCUGUUUGCUACAAUGUUGGCGUCUAAUACAUUAUCAAAGCCUGAACAUGUUUGGGAAAACACAUGGGAGUACCUUGCGGAUGGUAUUUUAUAUAAUCGGCAAAAGCUUUUGAGGAUCGAAGGUUUGUCUCUUCCAGAAGAACAAAUAAGGAACCUAACGUUGUUGGAAAUUGAGCGUUACUUAUUACGUAACAACUCAAGUUUAAGUCGGUUUCUGUCUAUGCCUCAACCCGACAGUGAAUCAAUAUAUUCAGCAGACAACCGUUUAAUUGCUGACGAGCUUAGGUACGAUGUAAGCGCUACUGCCAUUGAAUUUGAUAAUAAUUUAAGCAGCCUAACCGAUGAGCAGUGUUUAGUGUUUGAUGAGAUAAUUGAAGCAGUUAAUAGUAAUGCGGGUGGCGAUAUUGUACUAAAUGUUGCAUCAAGUGGAAUCGCAUCUCUUUUGUUACCUGGUGGGCGUACUGCACAUUCAAGGUUUCAUAUACCUCUAAAUUUAACAGAAACCUCGAUGUGUUUUAUUAAACCGGAUCAUGACGUUGCUGAUUUAUUGAAGAAAACGAAAUUGAUCAUUUGGGAUGAAGCACCGAUGAAUCAUAAACAUGCGUUUGAAGCACUUGACCGAACAAUGAAAGAUGUCUUCAAAUGUGAGAUGACAUUUGGUGGAAAAGUUAUGGUGUUCGGUGGUGACUUUAGACAAAUACUUCCGGUUGUACCAAAUGGCAGUAGGCGAGAUAUCGUUAAUGCUUCAAUCACGUCGUCGUAUAUUUGGAGUACUUGCAAGGUCCGUACGUUAACCAAAAACAUGAGGUUAACUGUAGGAGCCAACACAUCUGAUAUAGACGAGAUUAAAGCUUUUGCGGAUUGGUUGCUUGACUUGGGCGAGGGAAAGAUUGGUGACAGUGAUGAUUGUGAGGUGGUUAUAGAUAUUCCUGAAGAUUUGUUAAUCAAGUGCUCUGAGGAUCCUAUGUCAGAUCUGAUCGACUUUGUACAUCCUUCGCUUCUUCAACUGUACAAAGAUAAAGAUUAUUUUGCUGAAAGAGCUAUAUUGGCACCAACGAACGAGGUUGUUCAAGAAAUUAAUGAAAAGUUGCUUGCUUCAUUUCCUGGCGAUGAAGUGGAGUAUCUGAGUUCUGAUAUCCUUAAAGUUGGUGUACCUGUAAUGUUGCUUCGUAAUAUCGAUCAACAAAAUGGUUUAUGCAAUGGUACGAGACUACGGAUUACUAAACUUUAUAAACAUGUUAUAGAGGCGGAGAUUAUAUCCGGAGGAAACAUAGGGACCAGAACGUUUAUUCCACGAAUCAGUUUGACACCGUCAGAUAAAAGAAUUCCUAUCAAGUUUCAACGACGACAAUUCCCUAUAAAUGUAUGUUUUGCAAUGACUAUAAAUAAAAGUCAAGGACAAUCUCUAUCGAGGGUUGGAUUGUAUUUGAAAUAUCCAGUUUUCUCACAUGGCCAGCUUUAUGUUGCGUUAUCAAGAGUUAAAAGCAGAGGCGGUGUGAAGUUGCUUAUACUAGACAAAGAUGGGAAUGUAACGAGUAAAACAACAACUGUAGUCUACAAGGAAUUUUUUUCCGGCAUUUGA